CCAUCUUCUUUUUCUUCCCCUACCUCCUUCACGACUUUUCACUGACACACUCGUUGGUUUUGUUUCUCACUUCGUUUUGAGAUAUAAAGACCCUACUUUACUCUAAUUUGUGGUUCUGAUCUCGGUCCUGUGACUCGACACCGUUCCAUAUCCCACCGCAGAGACCACCUUAAAGGCUCCACGGUUGCUACUUCCUAGGCUUGCUUGGUGUGCAUUGUGGAUGACGUCUCGACUUCGCCAUUCAUAGUUCCUUCCGUGCCACGGCCUUUUACAAAGCUUUUACAAAGUCCUUUCGCUUUAAAUAUCCUUUCACAUUCCGCUCGUUGCUUGGAGUAUCCAUAUCCAACACCUGCACGCACACCUGAUUUUCUUGGAUUUGAACUACGAUAUUCUUAGCUGAACUAUCGACAUCACUCAUCCUAUUUUUCAAGAAUAAAGGAGAUACACAUAAUGCUCGGCUCGGCAGCAGUUCUUGCCCUCGCGGCCUCUCCGGCCAUGGCGACCUAUGUCGGCUUCAACUAUGGCAGCACAUUUACUUCAGGAGCUGCCAAGGCCCAGAGCGACUUCGAGGCCGAGUUCACCACUGCCCAAGGUCUCGUUUCGGCCCCUGAGGUCUUCAGCUCUGCUCGCCUCUACACCAUGAUUCAAUCCGGCACCACAAACAGCCCCAUCGAGGCCAUCCCUGCUGCCAUCAGCACCAAGACCUCCCUCCUUCUCGGUAUGUGGUGCUCUAGCGGUGAUGCCGACUUUGCCAACGAGCUCGCUGCUCUAGAGUCGGCCAUCUCCACCUACGGCUCCAGCCUCGCCGGCCUGAUCGCAGGAAUCUCUGUCGGCUCCGAGGAUCUGUACCGCAUCUCUCCCACUGGUAUCGAGAAUGGCGAGAACCCUGGUGCUGAGCCUGACACCAUUGUCGGGUAUAUCAGCCAGGUUAGGUCAGCCAUCGCAGGCACUGCAUUUUCUGCCGUUCCUGUGGGUCACGUAGACACUUGGACCGCCUGGGUCAACGCCUCCAACGAUGCCGUCACCGACGCUUCCGACUUCAUCGGUGUCGAUGCCUACCCCUACUUCCAGACCACGAUGGCCAACUCCAUCUCCGAGGGCCAGGACCUCUUCAACAGCGCCAUCGACCAGACCAAGGCCGCCGUCGGCUCCAAGCCGGUCUGGGUCACCGAGACGGGCUGGCCUAUUAGCGGUCCGACUGAGAACCAGGCUGAGGCAUCAAUCGAGAACGCACAGACAUACUGGGAUGAGGUGGGUUGCUCUCUGUUCGGCACCACCAAUGUCUGGUGGUACACCCUCCAGGAUGCCGCCCCGACCACGCCCUCCCCUAGCUUUGGUAUCGUCGGCAGCACCCUGACCACCACGCCCAUCUACGACCUCUCCUGCAACUCGUCGUCCUCGUCCUCAUCAUCGUCGUCGUCUUCUUCCUCCGCUUCUGCUUCCGCCAGCGCCUCGGCGUCUGCCAGUGUUGCAACGGGCAGCUCCGCCACCGAGUCUGCAUCGCCCACUGGCGCCGACAGCGGGUCCCCUGGUAUCUCGGGCGGUGUCGGCGGCAGCUCCGCCACAGGCUCUUCCGGAGGUGCCACCGCUACGGGCGGUGCCUCAAGCCCCAGCGGUACAGGUAGCUCUUCUGCUUCGCCUUCCGGCUCUGGGUCCAGUGGCGCCGGGUCCAGCGGCUCGGGCUCCAGCGGCUCGGGUUCCGGGUCUAGCUCUGGCGGGAGCAGCCCCAGCGGCAGCGGCAGCGGCACUGCUUCGAAUGGGACCACCACUGGCAGCUCUUCUGCUAGCCCGACCUCCUCCAUUGUCACCGUCAACGGCGCGCCUGCUGCCAACCUCGUCUCCUUCUCUGCGGCCGGCGUCGCCAUUCUGGCUGCCUGCAUUGUCCUGUAAGGAAUGGUGUCUUCUCCUGACGGUGACAUGACAUGGGCGUUUCAACGGGGGGCCUCGGUAUACAUUGGGCAAACGGUUUUGGGAAAUUCUGUAAAAGCUGCAUGUCUGUACUAAUUGAGAAGGAUCAUUUGAAAUCGCGUCUCUUCGCCCUCAUUAGACGGAUGCACAACACAAGAAAUGGCGAGUGUCUUAUUGCAUGGUUUGCGCCUCUUCCUAUCCCUGGAAAAGGGAAGGAUCGUUGCAGGAGAGAAAAGGGGAAUAGGACAUUCCAAAGAUCAUUAAUAAUAGCCAAUACUAGGACAGAUCAUUCCAAUCGUUGCAUGUG